AUGUUCCCAGAGCCUGGGGUGUGCCCUUCUGGGGCGCAGGGCGGAGCCCCCAGACAUGCCCUGGAGUCAUUCUGCCGCAGGAUUCCGGUGUCCGCCCGCUUAGCGGGAGUGGGCCUGCUGAUAGCCUUUCUUGGCACCCUUGGCCAUUGCGGGCAGGCCCCAGGAAUUAGUGUGAGCAUGGCAGAAGGGGACACCCUGAUAUCAGUGGAUUAUGAAAUUUUUGGGAAGGUGCAAGGGGUGUUUUUCCGCAAGUACACACAGGCUGAGAGUAAAAAGCUGGGCUUGGUAGGCUGGGUUCAGAACACUGACCAGGGCACGGUGCAAGGACAAUUGCAAGGUCCCACCUCAAAAGUACGCCAUAUGCAAGAAUGGCUUGAGACAAAAGGAAGCCCCAAAUCACGCAUUGACAAAGCACAAUUCAACAAUGAAAAAGUCAUCAUAAAGUUGGAUUACGCUGACUUCCAAAUUAUGAAAUAA